AUGAAAGUUGAUGUCAUGAAAGGUGCUUACUUGCACGUGAAUAUUCAGCUCAAAGUCAGCAUCAGCAGUGCUGACUACUGGUCAACUGCUCUACUGGCUUGCAGGAGAAUGGUUCUGGCCAGGGGCCUUAUCCCAAACUUUGUGCAAAAGCUUCCUCCGCUGGUGGGGCCGCACCUGCCCGGGGAGGGGCGGGGAAGGGCUGCGGCCGCUCCCGUUACCCGGCGAGGGCGGGUCUUAGGGCCGGAGGGGGCACAUCGCCCUCCCCGGGAGGGAGGGGCAGAGACCCCGCGGGGCAGCUCCUCCUCUGCGGGCGCUACCCCUGGCAGGGGCGGCGGCGAGGGGCUGCCAGAGACCCCCCGCGGUUACGUAACGAGCGCCUCCGGGGGCAGCUCCGCCGGUGCCCGCCAGUCCCGCCCCGCCCGGCCGGAGGGCGGCGGACAGAGCGGAGCGCCCUCGGCACCGCUCCCGCCCGCCCGCGGGCACGGACCGGGCAGCGGCUCUGCCGCCUCAGCGGGCACGCGCAGGGCGCAUGCGCCUCCCGGGCCCGCCGGCGCGCCGGGCAUGCGCGGGGGUGGCGGCCGGGCAGCGUCUGGGGGCGGGCGGGCGCGGGCGCUGGUGGAGCCCGCGGGGCACCGGCCCCGAGCCCCGCGGGGGCUCCGCCGGCGGCCGAGCGGCUGCCGGGGCCGCCGGGGCGGCAGCGCCCGAGCCGGGCUGUGCCCCAGUUUGUGUCCAAUCAGAGAGUGCAGCGCCUGA